ACACAUUUAUCAUAUAAAUUAGAUCAUUAUAAAUACAGACAUGUAAAUACUUUUUCAAAAUGUAUACUUUUCAAAAUGAAUGCAUUUAUAUAUAAAUAAUAAAUACACAGAACGCAGACAUUUAUUGUACAGCCAACAUUUUUUUUCUUUUGUAUGCGAUUAAUCACGAUCAAUAUAAAUAUAUUUUAAGAAGAAAACAAUUUUUAACAAUAUUUCACAGUUUUGCUGUUUUGCAGCCCAUUGAGUGUCAUACUCCAUUCCAGUCAAUCAAUCAAUCAAUCAGUCAAUUAAGCUAUGAAUGGUUGAUGUUAAGCGCUUGGCAAAGCUCACACCUUGGCAUUGAUUACAUGAGAAUUUGAAAUGUUUAAUGGCAUCUCAUGCAGAAAUGCUGAUGCAGCAUGUUACCCUGUGUUAUAGCUGCAUGGCAUUUGCUCAUUCUAUCAAAAGAACAAGCUGCUUGUGUAAUGACUUCCUCUCUCUAUUAUGUGUGUGUGUGUGUGUGUGUGUGUGUGUGUGUGUGUGUGUGUGUGUGGCUGUCGAGUGCGGAUUUGCUGGUCGAGCGCAUGCCUCCCUCUGCCUGGCUCCUUAUAGUGCCGGGCGGGAGGCAGGAAUUCUGACCGAGUGGUACGGACAUCGCCGCCGGUGACCACAAACACGAAGCUCUCCCUUUAAACAAGGUCUCAUGAUCGACAACUCUUUCAAUCAGUUGUCUUGGCGUGGAGGAUCAGGGCGAACGCACGUCCUGCUGGAGUGACAGUGAUAGUGGAGCUGAACAUCAGGAGCAGCUGACACUCACACAAUCCAGAGAAGAAAGUAUGACUUACAGGUUUGGAAUGACAUGAGGAUCUUGACCUGUUGAUCAUGCAUCAGCUGUCUGUGACUUCGCUGUUGCUAUGUCUGUGGCUGCUGGAGCGCUGCCAUGGCAACAGCCUCAAUGAUCUACACACACAGUUUGGAGUCAGCCUCUACCAAACACUCACAGAGACGGAGAACAACUCCAACCUGAUCGUGUCUCCAGCCAGCGUCUCGUUGUGUCUUGGUCUUCUUCAGCUCGGUGCCAGGGGAAACACUCUAGCACAACUCGAGGAAACUCUGGGAUAUGACGUGAAUGAUGCUCGAGUGCAGGACAUUUUGUCUCGCCCACAAGGAGACCUGGGUAAUUCCAGUGAAGGGGUACAGCUUCAGCUUGCCAAUGCCUUAUUUGUCCAGAGUGGUGUGAAACUCCUGCCAGAAUUUACCCAGCAUGCCUUGGGAUGGGGUAACAGUAGUCUACUGAGUGUAAACUUCAGUAAUCCAAACCACACUCAUAGUCGGCUACAGCAGUGGACACGUUCCCAGAGUAAAGCUGAUGACCAUCUCCAGACAAAAGAGGAACAGCUUCCGUCCCAGGAAGAGGCCUCCAGGCAAGACAGUUUACUGCACAUGGCUCUUCUGAGCACGGUGGUGUUUCACGGUGCCUGGCAGAAACAAUUUCUCUUCACUGACACUCAGAACCUGCCCUUCAGCCUCUCAGACGGCAGCACAGUCAAAGUCCCGAUGAUGUACCAGUCAACCGGAGUCAAUAUUGGUCAUUUCCGCCUGCCGUCUGAGCAGGAGUACACUGUGCUGGAGCUUCCGUACUUAGAUCGCUCACUCAGGCUACUGGUGGCCUUACCUAGUGACCGGAAAACCUCUCUGUCCCAGCUGGAAAAGCAGCUCACUUCCCAUUCUGUGGGACUGUGGGAUACUGCAUUAAGACGCACUAAAAUGGAUAUAUUUCUGCCCAGGUUUAAGAUGCAGAGCAGGUUCAAUCUGAAGCCCGUUUUACAGUCUCUCGGUAUCUCUGAUGUCUUCAGUCCGUCAGCUGCUGAUUUUAGAGGCAUCUCAGACGGAGAAGGGCUUUUUGUGUCAGAGGCUUUCCAUGAGGCAAGAAUAGAAGUGACCGAGGAAGGGACAAAAGCAGCUUCAGCUACAGCAAUGGUGCUUUUGAAAAGAUCCCGUUCAGCGGUUUUCAAAGCAGAUCGACCGUUUCUCUUCAUCUUACGGCAGAUUAGUACAGGGUCAUUGUUGUUUAUAGGUCGAGUUCUGAAUCCAGCCGAGAUGUCUUGAGAUGACGCACGCAAUCACGACUGCUUCAAAUGACAAACACACAGGAGACUUGUUUUAAUAUACACUUGUAUGAUUUUGCCAACUCCACACCCCCCUCCUCCCUCAUGGGUGGGGGGUCAGAGGGAUAUCUGAGGACCGUAAGGAGGGUCCACUGACGCUUCAGGAAGAGGGACGAGACUUUUGUACAUAUCUGUAAAUAAAAUUUUAUUACAUCAGGGUUUUUGCA